AAUGGUUCUUAUAUAUUUCUCAGUUUUUUCUUCAGCCCACAAGAAAAUCUUUAGAUAUGACGAAUUUUAAAUGAAAACAGCGAGCAAGCAGAACGCAUCGUGAUGCCGGAGACCUAAUCAAUCGCUCCGAAGUAAAGUGCAAUUAAAUUACAUAGUUUUAUACACCGGAUAGCGGCUGGCCAGCCGCAGCAAGUAUUCUCGCCUACCAGCAGCAUUGUUCUAAAUGCUGAAAAGUUUAUUACUCAUUAAGCGUUUUGUGUGCCUAGUUAGUUAAUUAAUCGCAGCCGUAAGAUGAACUUCACGUACUUGUUCGUGCUCAUCUGGCUGGCCUUCCUCAUUAGCAGCGGAGUGCUGCUUUUCUCGCGGGGAUUCCUAUUGGCCCGAGUGUCCAAAACGGAGACGAGCACCUGUCGUCGCUUGUCCACCAAUCCCAAUGCAGAGUACGUCCUCACCGCUGAGGUUGUGAACGAAAUCUUCAAGGAUGUCAACGCCUCAUCCAAUCUGUGUCUUCCGCAAAAGUCGAAGGUUAUUGUCCUGGUUGUGGAUGCACUUAAAUACGAAUUUGGCCUUUACAAGGAGAACGUUACGAAUCCUCUGCCCUAUGAGAACAAAUUGUUGGUGCUCCAGGAGCUGCUGCAGCAGAGUCCUGACCACGCCCGUCUAAUGAGAUUUCGCGCUGAUCCGCCAACCACCACGUUGCAGCGCCUGAAAGGACUCACCACCGGCAGUCUGCCCACAUUCAUCGACAUUGGUUCCAAUUUCGCCUCGCCGGAGAUCAACGAGGACAAUGUCAUCGACCAAAUAGUCAAGAGCGAUCUGCCGGUGGUCUUCCUUGGGGAUAGCACGUGGACGGAUCUGUAUCCGCGUCGCUUUAAGCGAUCGUACUCCUAUCCCAGUUUCGAUAUAUUCGAUUUGGACAGCGUGGAUAAUCAGAUAUUGAAGAACCUGCCCAAGGAGCUGGAAAGCGACGAUUGGCAGGUGCUGGUGGCCCAUUUUCUCGGCGUGGACCACUGCGGACACAAGCACGGACCCAUGCAUGAGGAAAUGGCGCGCAAGUUGGGCGAGAUGAACGAGGUGAUAAGAUCCGUGGUGGCGGCGAUGGACAAUGACACCACGCUGCUGGUGAUGGGCGACCAUGGAAUGACGGCAUCCGGCGAUCAUGGCGGAGAUACUGAUGACGAAACCAACGCACUGCUGUUUGCCUACUCCAAGCAGCACAGAUUUUAUGGCAAUGAUUCGGGCUCAGAUAGCGAAAUGCUGCAGCAGAUUGAUCUGGUCCCCACGCUGGCCACCAUACUCGGCGUCCCGAUACCGUACUCGAACCUGGGCCUAGUCAACUUUAACAUUGUACCCGAUCUGCAAGUACCGCAUUUGAACAAGUUCCAGACCCUUCUGCUCCAUUCUUGGCAGAAUGCCCAGCAGAUCUAUCGCUACUUCUUCCAGUACGCGUUGGAAAAUAAGCGCACAUUUAACGUGGAACAGAUGGACCACCUAGAGACUGAAUUCAUACUCCUCUCCCACCGGGUGCAAACUGUUUACAACGAGGUUGCUUUCAAAUCCUUUAUACGCGACUUGAAUACCAAUCUGCGAGACAUCCUGGGCACCUGUCGAGAGAUCUGGGUCAGGUUUGAUCCCACUCAGAUGUCGCAGGGACUGCUUUUUACCUUCCUGCCGUUGUUCUUUAUCUUCUUGGUGGUAAACAACUCUCGGCCCGCUGAUUUUGGGCACAUCUUCAAAGCCAAGGAGGUCUUCUACGUAUACCUAAUCAACUUGGCCGCUGGAGUAUUUGGGUAUCGCUAUUUCAAGACCUUCUCAUUCAAAACAGAGGAGCAAGGAGUGAUCUUCUUCACGGCCCUAUCCAGUGCCGUCAUCCUGGCUUUCCAUACACUACGACACUGGACUAACAUUGCCACCAACUGGUCGACGGUAAAGCGGUUUGGACACAUGCCCACGCGUCUGCUGCUUUUCGGUUCGAUGGCUGUGUUCUUCUCGAACAGCUUCGUCAUCCAGGAGGCCAAGAUCUUGUCAUACCUCCUGGCGGCAGCGAUUCUAUUGCUCUCGCACGAACUUCUUCGGUUGAGCGCCCGCUUGGAUUUCAGGACCAAGUUCAAGGCUUCACAAUUUCUGCGCUCCACAGCGUUAAGGCUGAUCCUGGCCAGCUUCUUGGCGAUAUGCUUAAUACGCUUUGCCUACACGCUGUUUCGUUGCCGCGAGGAGCAAGGCAACUGCUCCGACUUUGUCAACGCCGGCGGAGCCGGAUUCUCCAUUAAAAAGCCAGGAACGGCCAAGACGUACAUACUCGCCGUCGUGGUACUGGUGGUGUACACCACGCUCACACGAUUGUAUCUGCGCUCCUGCGGUAACUUGACCGGUAACCUGCCAAACGUAUUGCUGGCUCGCUACGGACCUACGGUGGCCUCGAUCUGCGCCGGCGGCCAUAUCCUGCUCGCCAACAGCUCCAUUAAAAACAUCCAGCGCACGCAUAUCGAUGCCAUGGCUCUGGUCAUCUAUGGUCUGCUGUUGUUGCAGAUAAUUGUGGUUUCGUGGGCUCCUCUAAUGACCUUUGUGCUUCCACCGAGGAGUUCCCAUACGGUGACCAUUAACGGCAAUGAAAGCAUUGUUCCGGAAAUCUUUAGGAAAAUGAAGCGUAUGUACGAGGGCGAUGACGACGAGAGGCGUAGUCAGAUCCCGGUGGUUUAUGGACUAGCCACCGUUUACUCCUCCAUUGUCAUUGCAUUUGGCGUCUUCUUGGCCUUGGUGAUGAUAGUUCUUCUAGAACCGCGUGCUUCCAUCGGCUUGGUUGUCUGUGUGGCCGUGGGCGCUAUCCUGCUCAGCGUGCAUGGUAUACUGCGCUAUCGAACUGCCACUAGUUUUGAGAGCUGUGUGCAGCCCACUUUUACGGCUCUGGUUGGCUGGUUCCUGCUGGCGCAUUUCUGUUUCUUUGCCACCUCGCAUCAGACGACGCUGUCGCAAAUUGAGUGGCGUGCCGCCUUCGUGGGUCGCACCACUGGAAUCGGACAGUCGAAUUUAGUAUCUGGUGCCUUGGUCAUUUUAAACACCUUUUGCGGACCCAUUUUCUUCUUCUGCAUGUACUCUCUGCUCAGCACAGAGACCUUUUCGCUGUUCGCACUGUUUCCCAACCUCAUACGAAGCUGCAGGAGUGGCGGCAAAGUGGAUGCGACCACGUCCAUGUCGGAUUUGGCCAACGAAGCUGUGGGCUUUGAUAUGACUCGUGGCGAACUGUCUCUGUACGAGUACGAAGAUGUCUUUCUGGGCGCUGGCUUCAAGCUGGCUACCCAGUUUUUCAUGCUACAGGGACUCAAGAUUUUCUGUGCCAUGAUGGCCUGCACCAUUCACUGCCGCCACCUGAUGGUGUGGAAGAUCUUUGCGCCGCGCUUCAUCUACGAGGCCCUCGCUACCUUCGUCAGUCUGCCUGCCCUGAUUGUGGGCUAUCUCCUGGUGUUACGCAUCCACCGUGCUGUGGACACCCUCAUUAAGCGCAUCAACAAGGCCAAGGUCCACUAGUCUCAGCCCAAAAGAAAUGAAUUAUUUAUUUUGACCUUAAUACACACACACACGAGUAAUAAGAAAAUUCAACUGUUUGGUGGUCUUGUA